GGCAUUUGCAUUUUUGGUCUAUUGCUCUUGGUCUCCACUUUCUUUCCACUUUUCUCUUUUUGAACCUCUAACAUACUAAUAGAGACCAAAAGGAACUUAUCAUAUUUAAAAAGCUUGUUUAUCAAUUGAAUGUCACAAAAUAGCCAUGCCAUUACACCUUCAAAUUCAUCACCAUUGAAGAGCGAUGUCGACAAACAUAUUUAUGAAAAUGCUGCUGUCGGUCAUCAGUUAGGUGUUGAUCGGCAUGACAUGUUAGCUCCUGAUAUUUCGAGAGUUUUGGUUAUUUACACGGGCGGGACCAUUGGCAUGAAGCAUACACCAGAACAUGGCUAUAUCCCAUUACCCAACUAUUUCGCUCAACAACUAUCGAAGUUACGUCGAUUUCAUGAUCCUUAUAACCAAUCCGAUUUUUCUUCAACUUCCACACCCUCAUUAUCACGCCAGUCUUCAUCUUCCUGCCUUCAUGAUAUUAGCGCCUAUACCCCGGCCGAAUAUGAUUUGCAACAAGAUUUUGGUAAAAUUACUAAUACUGUCAAGGCUGUUUGCCAAGAAGAAGGCUCCAACAAAGGCAAAGUUUCUACCUUACAGUUACCAAGUUUGAUCACGCCUAUCAGUUUAUUUGGCAAGAGAAUCCGCUACUCAAUAUUAGAAUAUAAGCCAUUGUUAGAUUCUUGUGAUAUCACGAUGCUAGAUUGGGUCCGUGUUGCAGGCGAUAUCAAGGAAAAUUACGAACUCUACGAUGCUUUUAUAGUAUUACACGGCACAGAUACUAUGGCUUAUACAGCAAGCGCUCUCAGUUUUAUGUUGGAAGAACUAGGCAAAACGGUUAUAAUCACAGGCUCCCAAGUUCCUUUGACUGAAGUCAGAAAUGAUGCUGUAGAUAAUCUGUUAGGAGCUUUGACUAUCGCUGGUCAUUUUGUGAUCCCUGAGGUGACACUGUAUUUCGGAAAAAAACUUUAUCGUGGUAAUAGAACAAGUAAAAUCAGUGCUGUAGAUUUUGAAGCGUUUGAUUCACCAAACAUGCCAGCGCUGGUGGAGGUCGGUAUUAAUAUAGAUGUGAAAUGGCCUUUGGUUUUGAGACCAACACAUAUUGCGAAAUUUCAAGUUUGCCAAAAGCUAAGCCCUUAUGUGGCAGCUCUUCGCUUGUUCCCUGGUAUCAGCGAUAUGACCAUUCGCCAAUUUUUACAACCUCCUGUACAAGGUAUUGUUCUGGAAACGUUCGGUGCUGGAAAUGCGCCUGCUCGCACAGAACUACUUAUAGCUCUCAAAGAAGCUUGUGAUCGUGGCGUAGUCAUUGUCAACUGUACCCAAUGCCGUAAAGGUUUAGUUACUGAUGCCUAUGCUACUGGCAGGCAAUUAGCAGCCAUUGGUGUUGUGCCAGGUGCUGACAUGACACCUGAAUGUGCCCUUACCAAACUUGCUUACUUGUUAGGCAAAACUCCUGACAAUCCUGAACAUGUUCGUCGAAUGAUGACGCGUAACUUGCGAGGUGAACUCACCGUUCGUUCUCAUUACCAACGAUUUAGUGCUUCUCAAAAUCCUACCAGCACAUUAGUGAAUAUGUUAUUGAGAUUUUCAGCCAGAGGCAAAUUAGCAGCUAAGCAAGAAUUGGAAAGGCAUGGUACAGCAGUCUCCUCUCCAGUAACUACUUCAUCUACUAGCACUAUCAAUACCGAAUUAUCAGCUGCCGAAGAAGCUGCUGUGGAUGAAGAAUCAAACGAUCUCACCAUGUCUGUAGAGGAAGAGUUAUUGGCUCAAAAAGCUUUGGGGCCCGUCUUACUUUGCUCCGCUGCUGCUUCUAAUGAUUUAGAAGGCAUUAGUCAGCUCGUAGAAAGUAUGGAUAGUUGGAUUAAUCUCAAUUGUGUUGACUAUGACGGCCGUGUUCCUCUUCAUGUCGCCUGCCGAGAAGGACAUUUUAAAAUGGUUAAAUAUUUAUUACUGCACGGUGCUUCUAUUCAUGUGCGUGAUCGAUCUGGUCAUACACCACUUUUUGAGGCUAUUGUGGAGAAACGAGCGGAGAUUGUGAGAAUCUUACGCGAUGCUGGUGCUCAUUUGGCAGAGAAUGAAUUGAAGGACAUGGGCCAUUAUUGGUUCAAAGCCAUUAAAAAUGAUGAUAUCAAAUGGGUACAAAUAGCUUUAGAUGGGGGCUUCAAUGUCAACUGGUCCGACGCAAUUGAAAACCGUCGUGGAAUUGAUAUUGCGGUGUGUUUAGGUCGUGUUUCGAUUCUUAAAAUUCUAUUGAACCAGGUGAAUGUGGAAGUUGAGUAUUCUGACAAGUGGGGCUUCACUGUACAGGAUAAAAUAGAAAUGUUAAAGAAAAGAAUAGAUGUAUUAGAACCUAAAAGGCAAAUCUCACCUAGAAUAUUAGACGAAAUGGCAGAUUGGAUCAAAAGCAAAGCUAGUAGUAAAUAACCGCUUUUUCCCAAUCUAAACGUGAUAUCCUCUUUGACUGUAUUUAAAUGUCCGUAUUUACUUGCAUUCAGUAAACUUUUUUUCUCACC